GUGCCUCUUUCUUGUUCUAUGUACUACUACUAGUACAUUGCUGGCUAUGGAUAAUAUCUGACCUACACCUUCUAUACUAUAGGAUGUGUUCCUCUUUCUUUGCUUUGCAUUAUGUUGGAAAUACAAUCAAAACUGCUGAUGCACACCAUAUAGAGAUAUAUCCUUGGCAACAAUAUCAUGGUGAGAUGAACGGAUAUUCUCCUCGAGUUGUAUGUUGUACGAUAUAGCAAGUUGAUCAGACAAGGCAUGGAUCCACCUAUCCCAAUCGUCAUGGCGCCGGACCCCGGCAGGCGCUGACUCAUCGACUCAUCAUGCCCGAUCUAAUGGAUCCAAGACCUCAUUCUCCUCUCUUCUUUUGUCUCAGGUCUGAGAAGUAAAGCCUUCUCUCAUAUUUGUUAUUUUCGUCACUCUGCUCUUCCUUACUCACUAACCCUUUGAUCACUCAACAUCUAUUUCAAAGUCCAUCGUCUGCCCCGCCCAUUACUUCCCCGCUCCGAAUACGGGAAUAUUUGCUUGUGAAUCACGACAUUUGAUACUGCUGGGUCUGCUUUCUCUGUGAGAGCCCGCCGCCGAUAAUAUCUCCAAUAUCGAAAAUCCUCCCGCUCUAUUCAAACCGCCAACAUGAGUAGUCCAAAGCGCAGAAUCGAGACAGAUGUCAUGAAGAUGUACGAGCGACAAUCCCCCUACCCUUUCAAUUUGGCUGCCGCUUUCCUCAACCUUUUUUGA